UAAGCAAAUACCGGACCGUCAUGAAUGCUCCGACGUUUUUGGCGCUGUUUAUCAACUACAGUACGGCGGCUGUGCUGGUGGAGCGAGUCAACUUCACUAUGUCUGUGAAGGAAGGGAAAACACUGACGCUACCCUGUAUACUGCCAUCGGAGGGAUUCCAAAACUCCACACAGAGCACCUUCAAACUGAUACGAAACCAAACAAGUCUAUAUGAACCAAUUCUACGCCAGGUGUCGUGGUAUUUCAACGGUGAACAGAUUUCUGAGUCUGAAAACAUCACUGACAGGGGAAACGACAGUGAUCGGUACUCCAUCUACCGGCCACAUGACAGUGACUGGUUUUUGAAGGUGAGCCCGACCCGGACGUCGGACGCCGGUAUCUACGUGUGUACUGCCGACAACUCAACCAUAGUCACAGGGAAACUGGUCAUUGAAUACGCGGCGUCCAUCACAGGCUACCAGUCACGUGAUGUAUACCUGCGCGUGUGUGAGGGAACGACGCGCGUCAAAAUGUGGUGUAACGUUACCGGCGUACCGAAGCCCACCAUACGUUGGUACUUCCUCAAGGAGCCGAAUGCGGAGAGGGCUAACAUUGGCUUGUCAAACGAGAUGGUGUUUAUUCCGAAAGUCGAGCGUACCAGCCAGGGUAUGUACCGAUGCGAGGUCUCAAAUAUGCACGGGAACGAUGUCCUGACAUACCAUAUAGCGGUAAUCGAACAAAUCACCCGGUUUGACAACGGAUGGACGGAUAAAGGCCACGGCAUACCAAACUUGAUGCGCAAAGGUUACGGUCCGAACCCCGCCCCUGUCAGCUUGGGGGCUGGGCAACGACUUGGACCACGGAAUUUCCUGCUUUUCAUUGUCAUAGGAAUGUACUUGUAGGAAAAACCUUUACAUGUGAUACCGGUUUUAGUAAUACAGUUCAUUUCGUGAUCGUCAACCGGUGAAAAUGUUGAAUACUUGGAAGUCUGUGUUGAGCUGAGCUACUAGUUUAUCAAACAGCUUAUGGAUAUUUUAGCACCAAUAUCGAGGGUCGGGAGGGGGGCGAUGCAAGUUUUAAUAUCGUAGUUUUCAAUCCGUGUUUGUAUGUACAUGUAUGUUGGAUGUUAAGUUUAUUAACAUGUGCGAUGUUUGAUCUUUUGACACACAGAGUCUUUACUGCUGAGUUAAAGUCAUCCAUU